CUGUAGUGUAGGUGUCUUUACAACAAACAUGGCGCAGGUAGCUUCCAAAACAUGCGAUAUUUGUUCCAGUGCUUUAACUGAGCAUUAUUGUAUUGAUUGUGAACAGUACUUCUGUGAAACCUGUAAAGGCUUACAUAAAAGACAACGAGCUACGCGAAAUCAUGAAUUUCAGAGUAGUUCAGAUUUGAUCCAGGAAGUAAAAUCCAAAUGUAAAGAACACGACGAGGAUUUUAUCUUUUUAUGUUCUAGCUGUGAUGUUCCUGUUUGUAGAAGAUGUAUUUCAGGUAAACACAAUGGUCAUAAAGUCGCUAAUAUAGAUGAUUCCAUCACCAAUUUGACUCAGGACAUCAACAUAGCAAUCGAAAAAAAACUUAACAUUGCAACUAAAAACGUAACGCAAAUAAACAGUGAACUGAAAGCUUUUGAUUUGGACGUUAACUCCGUCAUUAAAGAAAUAAGAGAUGAAGGACACAAAAUGAAAGCCAUGAUUGAUCGCGUAGUCCAAAAAAUGAUCGACGAUAUAAAUAGUAAAGCAAAGCAGGUACGGGAAAAACUGACAAAAAUGGUUAUAGAAGCGCAAACUGGAUUACAGGGGAUAACUGGUUUGGAUCUAAAGAGAAAGGAACUCGAGAAAACAAGACGAGAUGCUGCUCUAUUUGAAAAGUUAAAAACCCUGAAUAGUGAUAUAGAUAAGUUCCAGGCUAUCACGGUUCCAGUGCUUCCUUCUAUUAGAUAUACACCAAAAGGAAUACAUGUAGAAAAUGUGAUUAAUUUGUUUGGAACAUAUAGUUUGAGAUGUGAAAUGCAAUCUCAGAAGACAAUGGUAACAGAACGUCGUUAUAGCUGCAAGAAUUUAAAGUAUCAGAUGAAAUGGGAAUGCACGAUAUCACAAUAG